AUGGAUGAAAUAAAGGAAAGGUUGAAGAGCCUCAGGCGCCAGCGAGGCGCAAUGAAGGCCAAGCUUACUUCGUUCCGUCUCUUUUUAGAAAUAUUCAAUGUCGGUAUAGAUCAGUCACAGAUAGAACAGCUAACGGACGACGACGCAAUAGAGGAAUGUUACGACGAAAGACAGGAAUUCGAAACAGAUUUUUACGCGUUAACGUCUAAAGCGCAAAGGUUAAUUAACGAUUUAAAACCCGAGGAUCCAAUCGUGGAUCAUAGUAGUAGAGCAAGCUCAGAUGUCGCAUCGCAGCAUUCGCUUCCGUUACGUCGUAAGAUUAAAUUACCACAACUAAAGCUCCCUCAAUUUGACGGAUCAUAUGACAAAUGGCCGACAUUUCAUGAUAUGUUUAACUCAAUUAUACAUUCUGAUAGUCGCAUAGAUACAAUUGCAAAAUUCCAGUAUUUACAAAGCGCCUUGACAGGCGAAGCAUUGAAAGUUCUCGAUGGUCUCGAGAUUUCAAGCGUAAAUUAUGACGCGGCGUGGAAUCUCCUAGAUAAACUCGACAUGUCUUCCAAAAAGGAAUGGGAGAAGGAACUCGUGGGUAGCGAGGAACUACCGGACGUGGAGAAAUUUUUAGGUUUCCUCGAAAGGCGGUGUCAACUUCUAGAAAAAAUAAGCAAACAUAUAAAAUCGACAGGUGAAGGUUACGCAACGCAAACAGCAAGCAGGCAUAAAGGCAGUACUUCGACACUAUCGCAUACUGUAAAUAGAACAAAUCAAGAAAAAAAGGUGUGCUUGAACUGCUUGAGGUCAGGUCAUUUUACAAUAAACUGCAAAUCGCAAAAAUGUCGAAAAUACAAUAAAUCACACAAUACUCUUCUACAUCUCGAAACCGACAAGAAGAAUGAAGAAGAUAAACGAGCAACUCAGUCGCAAGAAGUCAAACACGAAAAUAAGGAAACAGUAGCGGCGCACAUCAUGACAAAAACUUCGACAUAUCGACUAUUGCCCACAGCAAUAGUAAAAAUCGUCGGCAAGGAUGGACGAGUACACAAAUGCAGCGCUCUUCUAGAUUCUGGAUCCCAAACGAAUCUCAUGACGACAAGUCUUUGUAAUAAAUUAGGCUUUCCCACUAACCGGAUAGACCACACGGUUGCGGGCAUAAAUCAGUCACGGACAAAAAUUUCAGGAAUUGUGAAAGCUACAAUUGGAUCAAUACAUGAUGAAUACACAGAAGAACUCGCAUUCAUGGUGAUACCAAAAAUCACCUCCAAAAUACCAAAUGAAUUAUUAGAGAUAAGCGCAGCAGAUUUUCCAAUCGACAUUCCAUUGACAGAUCCUGACUUCCGCAAGCCCAAACCAUUCGACAUACUCAUCGGCAUUGACUUGUUCUGGGAUUUGAUCUAUUAUGAAACUCCGAAACAUUCUUAUCUACGCAAUACAAAAUUAGGAUAUGUUGUAACAGGCAAAUUUUCUCAAUUACACAAUCAGGGAGCAACGCUAUUAUGCAACUUAUUGACUAGCACCUCUGACAUAUUACGACAUUUAGAGCGCUUCUGGGAAAUUGAAGAGUUACCGGAGCAACCAUAUGUUUCCGUAGAGGAACAAGAUUGUGAAACACAUUUUAUGAGCAAUACAAGACGAAACAACGACGGCAGAUUUAUUGUGUCUAUGCCUUUUAAAACACCACCGGAUGUUUUAGGCGAAUCAAGAGAGAUAACAGUUACUAACGACUGUUCCACGGUUCAAGCAUAUUAUUUGCCGCAUCAUGGAGUACUAAAGGAAAGCAGCUACACAACCAAACUGCGCGUCGUGUUCGACGCUUCGGCGCCCAUUUCAACAGGCUUAUCGUUCAACGAUAUACAAAUGGUGGGGCCCACCAUACAACGAGAUCUUCUAUCCAUUAUCAUAUGCUUCAGACAGCAUUCAUACGUCAUAGGUGCAGACAUUACAAUGAUGUACCGCCAAGUACUGGUAGAGCCAUCGCAACGCGCGUAUCAGCGAAUCCUUUGGAGAGAAGAUCCAUCAUAUUGCAUAGACACAUAUGAACUAAACACUGUUACAUAUGGAAUGGCGUCAAGCCCCUUUUUGGCAAUCAGGUGCCUGUUUAGCUUAGCUGACGAACAUCAAGAAACAUAUCCUAAGGCAGCAACUAUCAUACGCAAAUUUAUGUAUGUAGACGAUUUGCUGUUUGGCGCAUUGUCAAAGGAGGAAGCUAUUCAACUCGCAAAGGAUGUAUCAUACAUUUUGUCAUCAGAAUGUUUCGAACUUCGCAAAUGGAUAUCCAACGAACCGCAAAUACUUGAAGACAUCGGAAUUUCUAACAGCGACCAGCAAGUUAUUGAGAUAAGUGAAGCAGGAGCUACAAAAACUUUAGGACUAUCUUGGUCAUGUACCAAUGAUGAGUUAAUAUAUUAUGUCAAGUUAGAGUUAGACAAAAGACCGACCACCAAACGAACUAUGUUAUCAGUAAUUGCUCGUCUUUUUGACCCAAUGGGACUCAUCGGUCCUUGCAUCAUUAUCACCAAAGUCAUGUUGCAGAAAUUGUGGAAGCUGAAACUCUCGUGGGACGAUGAGCUCCCGGUUGAUUUGCAAUCCGAAUGGUCGCAAUUUCUUAAAGAGCUUACUUACAUCAACGACAUUCGCAUUCCUCGGCAAGUUUGCUGCUCAUCACCACAGUGUGUUCAAAUCCACGGAUUUUCGGAUGCAAGCGAAGCAGCGUACGGAGGCUGCGUAUACAUUCGGUCAGUAAAUACAGCAGGGUCAACAUUUGUUCAACUAUUAUGCGCCAGAUCAAGAGUUGCGCCUUUGAAGCCACUUACAAUGCCCAAAUUCGAAUUAAGUGCCGCGCAUCUUCUUGUAAAAUUAAUAGCUAAAAUCAAGAUAGCAUUAGACUUGAACAUUGACUCCGUGCAUUACUGGAGUGAUUCGACUAUCAUUAUCAGUUGGAUACGAUUUGAGCCACAUCGACUUCAAACAUUUGUACGCAAUCGAGUGACUGACAUACAAGCGUUAUCUUUGGCAAGCAAUUGGAAACAUAUUCCAUCAUCAGAAAAUCCAGCCGACUUACUGUCUCGGGGAGUGUCUCCGAGGACAUUAGCUGAUUCAAAUUUAUGGUGGCAUGGGCCAACUUGGUUGGCAGAGAGCGAAGAUCAAUGGCCUACACAGAACAAUGAUAUUCCUGUCAAUUUACCCGAGGUGAAAGAAUCAAGGCUCAAAAUCAGUGUCUUACACGCACAGGUUGGAUCUACUAUCAUUAAGUUUAAAAAUUAUUCCCAAAUAGGGAAACUAAUAAGAAUAAUGGCGUACUGCCAAAGAUUCAUUAACAUACGAGUAAAUAAAUCAACGAUAAGGGGCCCAUUCAACGCGGAGGAAGUUCAUCAAGCCAAAAUCACGCUAAUAAGAUUAGCACAACUGGAAUCGUUCCCAGAGGAAAUCCACGCGUUAUCUAUAGGCAAGAUAAUAGGAACUCGAAACAAGAUUUCAAGUUUGAAUCCUUUCCUUCACAAGGACAACACACUCAGAGUAGGAGGGCGUUUAAGACAUGCGGACUUUGAUUUUGACAAGAAACAUCCAAUAAUAUUGGCGGCCAAGCACUCUCUAACAAAACUCAUUUUUGAGGAUGAACAUAAGCGAUUGCUGCAUCUCGGCCCUCAAGCAUUGCUAUCACAAAUCAGAGAGAAAUACUGGCCCAUUGCAGGUCGGAACCUAGAAAUCAAAGAAAUCACACCACAAAUGGCGGAUUUGCCACACGAUCGCGUGUCACCGACUCCUGUUUUCUAUAACGUAGGCACAGAUUAUGCUGGACCCUUUAUCAUAAAGGAUCGUAAAGGAAGAGGAUGUAAGACGCACAAGGUGUACAUCUGUUUAUUUAUCUGCAUGGCUACCAAGGCCAUCCAUUUGGAGCUAGUGUCUGAUCUCACCAACGAAAACUUCAUUUUGGCACUGCGCAGAUUUACAGCUCGUCGCGGACGACCAGAAGAAAUUAAUUGGAGCUUUAUACCUGCCUAUGCGCCGCAUUUUGGCGGCAUAUGGGAGGCUGGUAUAAAAUCAACCAAGUACCAUUUACAACGUGUCAUUGGAAAGGAGCUACUAACGUUUGAAGAAUUUUAUAGUUUAUUGACGCAAAUAGAGGCGAUACUAAAUUCCAGACCCCUAUCUCCAAUGUCAUCGCAUCCCAUGGACUUGCAGCCGCUCACGCUUGCCCAUUUCAUCGUUGGACGGACAUUGACAACCGUGCCAUGUCCAGAUCUAACCGACGUCAAUCAGAAUCGUCUCUCUCGCUAUCAACGGAUACAACAGAUGCAGCAGAAUUUCUGGAAACGAUGGUCUAAGGAAUUCGUUUCGGAGUUACAAUGUCGUUCAAAGUGGAAAUCUAACAUCGGCGCUCUCAAAGUAGGCGAUUUAGUAUUGGUAAAGGAUGACAACACACCUCCUUUGCAUUGGUCGCUCGACAGAAUAAGCGAAUUGCACCCGGGAGCCGACUCUAUAACACGGGCAGCAACCAUUCGCACGUCUAAAGGCGUUGUGCGUCGUGCUAUAGUCAAGCUAUGUCCUCUACCCAUAGAGACCAAGUCAACAAACAUUAGAAUCGACCAGUCCAACGACGAUAAAUUACAUCAUAAUUAA